AGUGUAGAGUUUUUUUAUAAGUGCCCUUUGCUUCGCAUUUUUAAGAGUGGCCGUUCGGUGAAGAAAUUCGAUGGCGUUUAAGUUCUGCUACCACGAUUGAAUGUGGACUAUGCAUGCCUACUUCCCCUUGUUCGUCGGAAGUCACCUCUACUGCUCGAUGUUGGUUUGGCUGCCUCGCUCAACGCCGCUAUUGAAGGAUAAGGCGAACCGGUAAGCAAGCAGGAACCACACAUUUUGGUCCUUCGAGCCGGAUGGUGGACCAUCUGCGUGCUCUGGAAUACUCCGUCGGCACUGGGUCGACGCUGGUUUCGGCCAUCGCUUUCGAACGCCAUUGCAUCACCACACACUACACCAUCAGAGGUCACCGCACUCUGCAACAAUUGCAUGGGAGCCAUCGCACUUUGCACAAAGCCUGAUCGCUUGGGAUUUAGCGUCGCAUGGACUGGAGCGCCAUCGCGGUUUCUUAGGCUCGAUUUGGCUUGGGACAGCCAUUUGGAAUUGAAUUACUGGAAACGAGUUUUGCAUGCAACGAAAUUGAUAGGCCACUGCAUGAUAGUCAAAGCACGGACGGUCUGUGCUGACGAAUACCCGGAAUUGGAAAUCGUUUUUUGGAUCGCUGGACUGGCGCAACGCCUUCUUGCUCAGGUAAGCUAAGAUAGUGCAGUAUAUGUCCAGUCGAAUCGGACCCUACAACAUACUAACGCAAUUUUUCGACGUGUUUUCUGGACCUGCGAUCAUCAACCGACGGCAAGGGAAGCCGUCCUCCCAACCACACAUCGGAGCCUACGAAGUACUGGUUUUUCGUCUACCGAUUACCUGGAACGGCAAGUUUCACCAGUAGCCACUGUGGUAUCAGUGGGGUUGCAUCCAUUCAUCAAGCCAUCACGAUAGGACUCGCAUAGCAACUCAACUGCGUCGGCAUUUUGGAACGAAGAGGCGGUAUCAUCUUUAGUUUUCUCGGAUCGUUGAACGAUCUAUUUGCGAAUCAUUUACGUUCUGGUUUUGGAUAUUCGGACUUAACCGGGAUUGUACUGCUGUUGGUUAUACGAGUAAGUUGCCUCAGUAUAUGCCCGGCCGAAGCCGACUUAUUCGGUUACUACACCAUAUUCUCUCUCCUCGCUUGCAUCUCCGCUUCGCCACCUGAGUUAUUGCUGCAUUUCGGUGAAUUGUGUGACGUCAUACGACUUGUUUGGGUUGAUCAUCUUUACUCGAUUGAACUGGAGCACCACUAUUCGUUUUCUCGGGUAAAUUAAUGCAGUAUAUGCCUAGCGAAGCUAGGUCAACUCGCAGCAUACUACACAACGCUUCUCUCUUUGGUUCCCGAUUAUCGUGACAUAUUACCAUGCUACCUACCGCUACCAAGAAGCCACCGUCGAUGAGGGCAUUGACGGCUCGUUUGAAGGAAAUCAACCUGUCCUUCAACGAUAUUUUGCGGUUUGUGCAAGCGUUUAGAGAAACCAACACCGCUACUGAGGUUGAGGUACGCCUGGGUAAGUUGGAUCAACUUUGGGAAAGUUACAGUGAGGUCUUAGUGGAAAUCUUCGCCCACGAUGACUACAAACCGGAAAGUGCCACGCUAGAGAAGGAGCGUACGGAGUUCAGCGAUCGCUACUAUGAAGCGAAGUCGUUUUUAAUGGACAAAGCCAAGGAUUUCCAGGGAGCACAGGCAUUGGAACAGUCCAUGCGAACAAGUGAUGCUUCGGUGCACGGAUCCGUUGAUCACGUUCGUCUUCCACAGAUCAAACUGCAAACUUUCAACGGUGACAUCGAUGAAUGGCUUAGCUUCCGUGAUUUAUACACGUCACUCAUCCAUUGGAAGGUGGAUCUACCAGAUGUGGAAAAGUUCCACUACCUUAAAGGGUGUCUGCAAGGGGAACCAAGGAACCUGAUCGAUUCUCUACCGAUCACGAAGGCCAACUACCAGGUGGCCUGGGAAUCAUUAUUGCGCCGGUACAAUAACAGCAAGCACUUGAAAAAGCGGCAGGUACAGUCGUUGUUUAAGCUGCCUACGCUCUCCAAGGAAUCUGGAACUGAACUGCACACUCUUGUGGAAGGCUUUGAGAGGAUAGUGCAGACUCUCGAUCAGAUUAUCCAGCCAGCCGAUUAUAAGGAUCUUCUGCUGCUGAAUAUCCUCACUGCUCGACUGGACCCUGUUACACGAAGGGGGUGGGAGGAGCUAUCUGCAACGAAGGAGCAAGAUUUGCUAGCGGAUCUGACUGAAUUUCUGCAUCGUAGAAUCCAGGUAUUGGACUGUCUACCAUCGAGGUCUGUUGACACUAGGGGUGUUCAGCAGACACAAUCACAACAGAAGCAGAAAUCAUCAUCGGUGAAGGCCAGCUAUGGUUCAACCCAAACGUCUGGGGGACGCUGCGUGGUCUGCUCAACAAAUCAUCCGAUUUAUCAGUGCAACGCUUUCCAACGGCUGGAGGUUUCAGACAGAGAUGCUCUUCUGAAGACACACUCGCUCUGCCGGAAUUGUUUCAAGGCCGGACACUUGGCUAGGGAAUGCCAAUCCAAAUAUUCUUGUCGGCACUGUAAGGGUCGCCACCACUCACUGGUGUGUUUCAACCCAAAAGGAGAUGGUGAUAAACGGGUAUCGGCUGCUGCUGGAUGCAACAAACCUUUUCCUCCUGAAGAUCCAUCGAAAUCUCGUUCCAGCCAAGUAGCUAGCAUGACAGCUACGAAUGCAUUGGUGUCUGGUACGGUCCACCAGCAUGCAUCACAGGUACUGUUGGCAACGGCUGCCGUUAUAAUUGAGGAUGACAAUGGCUGUCGCCAUCACGCUCGCGCUCUUCUGGACUCAGGGUCGGAGAGCAAUUUUAUCACUGAGCGAUUGAGUCAGCUGAUGAAGGUAACUCGCGACCGAGUGGAUAUAUCGGUGCUCGGGAUCGGACAAGCGACCAUCAAGGUCAAACAAAGGGUACACGCAUUGGUGCGCUCACGAGUGUCUCAGUUCUCACGUGAACUAGACUUUCUGGUUCUCCCGAAGGUGACGGUGAACCUGCCAACAAUCAGAGUGGAUACGAAUGGAUGGUCGCUUCCAAGCGGAAUUAAACUGGCUGAUCCCGCAUUUUUCGAACCGAACGCAGUGGAUCUCGUUCUCGGUAUCGAACACUUUUUCGAUUUCUUCGAAACUGGUCGAAGAAUGUCCCUGGGAGAAGGUAAUCCAGCUCUCCAUGAGUCCGUAUUUGGAUGGAUAGUAAGCGGUGGUGUCUCUGUUCCAUCUCGCUCUCUCCAAAUCACAUGCAAUGUAUCGACGCUGGAUGAGUUGGAUGCAUUGAUCUCUCGUUUCUGGUCCUGUGAGGAGGUUGAGUCAGGCAAGGCUCACUCGCCGGAGGAAACACGGUGUGAAGACAUCUUUGUCAGCACAGUACAACGAGGUUCGGACGGUCGGUACACCGUCUCACUACCGAUGAAUGAAGACGCCGUCUCACGGUUGGGCGAGUCAAGGGACAUCGCAUACCGGCGUCUCCAAGGAACGGAACGCAGACUGGCUAAGGAUUCAUCGCUUCGGGAACAAUACAAUGCGUUUAUGGAGGACUACAUCAAGCUCGGUCACAUGCGUGAGGUGGUUGAAACGGAUACGGAGUUGGAUAAACGGUGCUUCCUCCCACACCAUCCAGUCAUCAAGGAGGCAAGUACCACCACCAAGGUGAGGGUGGUUUUCGACGCGUCGUGCAAGACAUCCAACGGAGUAUCACUCAACGACGUGCUAAUGACAGGGGCAGUCAUUCAGGAGGACCUUCGAUCCAUUACACUCCGCAGUCGGACAAAACAAAUCAUGCUUGUGUCGGACGUUGAGAAAAUGUUCCGACAAAUUCUUGUUCACCUACUGGAACGUGCAUUGCAGUGCAUUCUGUGGCGCUUUUCACCUGCGGAAUGUGUUCAUCUGUACGAGCUCAACACCGUGACAUAUGGUACUAAAUCGGCACCUUUCCUGGCGACAAGAACGCUCAAACAGCUAGCCUUGGAUGAAGAGGCACAAUAUCCACUCGCAGCGAGAGCGGUUCUCGAUGACACCUACAUGGACGAUGUCAUUACAGGGGCGGACGACGAAGAAACAGCAACCACAUUGCGGGUACAGCUAAACACAAUGAUGUCAAGUGGUGGAUUCAAGCUGCGGAAAUGGGCUUCGAAUUGCCCAGCGGUGCUGGAAGGCAUUCCGGAGGAAGACCUGGCGAUUCGGUCGUCAGAAGGGAUUGUUUUGGAUCCAGAUCCCUCAAUCAAAACACUGGGGCUAACUUGGAUGCCAGUCUCCGAUACUCUCAAGUACCAGUUUUCAGUUCCUAGUCUGAACCCUGAUACACCACUCACUAAACGAUACGUGCUGUCAGUAAUUGCCACACUGUUUGACCCUCUGGGGCUGUUGGGAGCUGCCAUAACAUCGGCCAAGAUAUUUAUGCAACAGUUAUGGGCAUUACGUGACGGACAAGGUCAAGGGCUUGAUUGGGACCAGUCGCUACCAUCGACGGUGGGUGAGCCCUGGAGAAAAUUCCACGAACAGCUACCACUGUUUAAUGAAAUACGCAUUGACCGUUGUGUCAUCACUUCGAAUGCUGUCUCGACGGAGAUCCACUGUUUCUCGGAUGCCUCGGAGAAGGCGUAUGGAGCAUGUCUGUACAUGAGGAGCCAGAAUGUCAACGGAGAAGUGAAAAUUCGUCUUCUUACCUCCAAAUCAAGGGUAGCGCCGUUGAAAUGUCAAACAAUUCCCCGACUGGAAUUGUGCGGGGCGCUCCUUGCGUCAGAGCUCUUUGAAAAGGUUGCACAAUCGAUUCGGUUCAAGGGAAAGUCGUUUUUCUGGACAGAUUCCACCUGCGUUCUGCGUUGGAUAGAAGCUCCUCCAAUGACCUGGACCACCUUCGUUGCAAACAGAGUUUCAAAAAUACAGUCCAUUACCCAGGAAUCUCAAUGGCGACACGUUCCAGGAAUUCAAAAUCCCGCAGAUCUUAUCUCCAGAGGGAUUUCACCGGAAGAUAUCGUGAACAAUUCGUUCUGGUGGCAAGGACCGAGCUGGCUAGAGGAAGAAGAAGGUCAAUGGCCAAGCCUGCCACAUAAUUCACCAACUGGAGAAAGAGAUGAAGAAAAAAGGCGGACUGUAGUUGCUGCACCAGCUUCUGUAUUCGCCGAAUUCAACCAAACGUACUUCAGCAAGUUCUCGUCCUACACAGAUCUUGCUCGUUGUACAGCAUAUUGGCUGCGUUAUAUGAAGCUUCUACGAACACCGCGAAUGGAGAGGAAUUACCCAGCGUACCUGUCGUCGGCAGAGCUGAAGGAGGCGGAAAACACCCUGGUCCGCUUGGUACAGAAGGAAGUUUUCGAGACAGAAUGGAAGGCGUUGUCCAAAGGGGAGGCAGUUGCGAGAGGAUCGGCGUUGCGGUGGUUCAGUCCAUUCAUAUCGACGAAUCAACUAAUUCGGCUUGGCGGCCGUUUGAAGCAUUCCAUGGAAACGGAAGAAACCAAGCAUCCGGUUGUACUGCCAGCACGGCAUCUAUUCACUCACAUGCUGCUACGACACUACCACGAGCGACUGCUACACGCUGGACCACAACUGCUGUUGAGUGUUGUAAGACUUCGCUUCUGGCCAUUAGGAGGAAGGAGUGUGGUGAGGAACAUAAUCCACAGAUGUCAGACGUGCUUCCGCUCGAAACCAUCGUCAGUCCAACAACAGAUGGGGGAUCUACCAUCGUCACGAGUCACGGUAUCUCGACCCUUUUCACGGACGGGUGUGGACUACUUUGGUCCAAUCUAUGUAAGGCUCGCUCCAAGGCGUCCGGCAGUCAAAGCCUAUGUAGCGAUUUUCAUUUGUAUGUGUACCAAGGCUGUGCACAUGGAAUUUGUCUCGGAUUUGUCAACCGACAGAUUUCUUCAGGCUCUGAGACGGUUUAUCGCCAGGCGAGGGCGGUGUACCGAUAUUUUCUCCGACAAUGGCACCAACUUUGUCGGUGCACGGAAUAAGUUGCAGGACUUCCUCAAGUUGCUCAAGAACAAUGAACACCGUGAAGUUGUCACCAGGGAAUUAGCCAAGGAAGGAAUACAGUGGCACUUCAACCCUCCGAGCGCGCCACACUUCGGUGGCCUAUGGGAGGCUGCAGUUCGGUCGGCUAAAACCCAUUUACUGAAAGUCGUAGGAGAAGCACCAGUAUCCCCGGAAGAUAUGAGUACACUGCUCACUCAAGUUGAAGCAUGCCUCAACUCUCGCCCUCUCACUCCCAUGUCAGAUGACCCGAAUGAUCUACAGCCAUUAACGCCUGCUCACUUUCUGGUUGGAGAAUCACUGCAAGCGUUUCCCGAGCCAGACUUUACGGACGUACCUCUCAAUCGACUCAAUCAAUGGCAGCUGACCCAGCGAAGGCUGCAAGACUUCUGGAAGCGCUGGCGAAGAGAGUACUUGUGCCAGCUUCAAGGACGAACAAAACGAUGGAAACCAGCUGUUCCCAUCGAUGUCGGAACGCUAGUCAUCAUUAGGGAUGAGAAUCAACCUCCUAUGCACUGGAAGAUGGGGCGGAUAGUCAAGGUACACCCCGGUGAAGACGGAAUCUCACCUCUACUGCUCGAUGUUGGUUUGGCUGCCUCGCUCAACGCCGCUAUUGAAGGAUAA